GCGCAACUACGUCGUAAUUAAGUAGUCUGUUUCUUUGUGUAUAUCUUCAGUUACGAUGUUUAUUUUACAUGGAUUUUCAUAUCAGUUUUACAUUGUUUUGACGUUCUUGUGAAAGUUGAAACGUAAACUCCAUUUGAUAAAAUGACAGAAGAGAGUCGUGUUUUCUUAUUAAUUGAAAAUGUCAGAGUGUUGAUCACAAAUACUUCACAGUUUGUCAUUUUUUAUGUUGUUGAAAUAUUCAAUAUAUGUAAGUACUAAAUAAACUGUAGACAAGAUCUUCAGACUGAGGGUUAUUAUAGUAUGAACGAGGUAAAAACUGGCAUUUCUAAUGACACCCUUAUCUAAAGAAACGAUCAAGAGUUUUUUUUUAUUUCUACAGAUAAUAAAAUGAGGUGGAUUUGAAUUAUUUAAGUAAACAACAUUACGUGAAAAGGACUUAAUUAAUAACGUAACUAUAUAUGAAAUAUUGCUUGUUUUAAAAUAAUAAAAUUAGUAAAACAAUGUCAUGUCCGAAGACACUGUUGAAGGCGGUAAGUGCAGGGCGCACGCGACAAGUUCGUCUGCUACUAGAGCUGGGGGCAUCGACGGAAGAGCAAGAUGACUGCGGACAGACGCCGUUAAUACGUGCAGCUCUUCUAGAACAUGAUAGAAAUAGGGAUAAAAUUCUGAGAACGUUGUUAAAAAAAGGUGCACAGGUUAGCCGAGCAGACGUUGUUGGUAGGAACGCUUUGAUGUGGGCUUGUUUGUACGGCCGAGACAACGAUGUAGCGCUCAUGAUCGAAUAUGCUGAUGUAGAUAUAGAUUAUAAUAAAUGUGAUAUCAACGGACAGACUGCGCUGUUCCACGCCGUGUCGUCUGGUAAUGCAGCAACUGUUAAACUAAUAGUAUCAGUGUUGAUGAAAUAUGGACUCUCCGCAGACACACCCGACAGUCGCGGAUCAACACCAUUAAUGCAGGCAAUGCGUCUUGGACAUGACGUGUGUGAAAGCAUCCUUAUAUUUGAAGGCAACGCUAAAGUAGGUUUAAGUGGGAAUUCUGAAUUUGAAAAGUUUAAUAGACGUGAAAAAUGGGCAGUGAUUAGUCUAAGAGAUAGAUCAAAGGUUAAACUUAAUAGCACAAAGAAAUCGCAGUUCCCGCCUAUUGAGAAAUUUAAGACGUCUGUCACAGAUUCUCCUAGUAAUACCAACAGACGUAUUGAUAGACUGCACUUGAAAAAUUCUGACACUGAUGAAAGUGCUUUAUCGUCUGAUGAAGAUGACUUUGAUCCUCUGACAGGAUUCUCAUAUCGAAGGAGUAGGAAAGGGCACGCUCAAAUUGAAACAAACAAUAGCAAUACUCCAAUGUUAAAUUGUCUUCAGAAUUUUCCUCCAUGUAAAAUACCACCGUCAAUUCUUGCCUCUCCGACAGUAAGCUCUGUCGGUAAUAUGUCAAGUGGAGACGAGUCUGAGGUGGAUUCUGUUGCUAGUACAGUAAUUGAUGGUAAAUCUCUCCGAAAACAUGUCCGCCCUCCUGCCGACCUAAACUCUAUGUAUGGUAUGAAGGAAGAACAAAUGACGCCAUCUUACAGACAGACAGUUGUAAAGGUGGAACAACCACCGGAAGUGAUUGAAGACGCACCGGAAGCUGAAACACCGAUUGGAACUAAAAAGGGUCGUAAAGAAUUUGAGGCAAAGAAAUGGUCUUCAUUAAAAAGAAGUUUGCGGCUGACAAGUGUCACAAAGAAGACCGGUCAGAAAUCUAACAUUAAUGUUCUAGAAAAUGACACGUCGCUGAAAAAGGACAACGCAUUGCCCAAUAUUUUCCACGAGAGGAAACUGCAAAAUCUUGACAAAGUCAAAAAUGAUUCACCCAAGAUUUCAUCAAAAACUCCUAGAAUGACAGCUGGUGAAUACGAUAAAAGUAGAAACUAUUCAGAAAUAUGACAGAUUUUGUUUCUGUACAUUAACAACUAUACAUUGUGUGAUUCGUCAUCAUGUUUCCAACUGGAAAUAAAAAAAAAUGAUUUAUGAAAAUGCUGCAAGUUAUCAUAUAUACAUGCUUAUUAUUUGUUAUAUAUAAAUGUUUGGUUUCUAAACAAAACUGUUGAUAAGCAAACUCUGAAUAAAAAUGAAACUUCUUAAUGCACGCUUUGUGUUUGAAAUAGUAAAAUAUUAAUACCAUAUUAUGUUAUCAUGAAUAUUAU